AUGAGCAAAAACGCGUUGAAAAAAGGAAGCUUGGCACACGUAAACGUCGAAGAGGAUGAUCCAGUUAGUAGUUCAGAUGAAUUGGUGUCAGAAGAAGAGUUUAAUGGAAUGGAAGAAAGUGAGCCAGAGGCGAUCUCAGAUGUGGAUGAGAAGUCUGCUAAAACCCAAAUUUCGGAAAUUCCAUUCGAUACUCUGUUGGCCGCUCAAAAGAAAUUAAUGGCGGAACAGAACAAAACUGAAAAGAAAGAAUCUGCGGUUAUUAGGAAGAAAUCACAAAAAAGAGAUGAACAUGAAGCACAUGAACGUGCUGAAAGAAAAAAGCACGCACCGAUGGAAGUAUCUAGCAAGAAACCAGUUACUCGGUUUCGAGAGGUUGUGAAUGUUCCCAAAAAGUUUACAAGAGACCCUCGAUUCGAUUCUCUUUCCGGGAGUCUAAAUAAAGAGAAGGUUAAAAAUAACUACUCGUUUGUUUUUGAUUACCGGAAAAAGGAAAUUGAGCUUCUUCGCGAAGAGCUGAAAAAAUGCAAAGAUCCCGAACGCGCAGAAACUAUAAAGACAACACUAAAAUCUCUUUUAUCAAAGAUGGAGAGACAUAUUGAAGAAGAAAGAACAGGCCGAGUUUUGCGCGAACAACGUGCUAACGAAAGAGAGCAAGUUAAGGAAGGAAAGAAGCCAUUUUAUAUGAAGAAGAGUGACCAGAAGAAGUUGGUUCAAUUGGAUAAGUAUAAAUCUAUGGAAGGAACGAAGAAACUGGAUCGUUACUUGGAAAACAAAAUGCGAAGACGCGCUCAAAAGGAAAAAAAGCGACUACCUCGUGCACGUUCGGCUCCAUCUUCCAGCUCUUAG